AUAAAGACUGAGAUCUCCACCUUCUCGAACGGACUUCAAACAGUAGGUAAACCCUACUGGCUAACCUCUAAACAGAAGAGAGAAAACCAGCUCGCAGGAUCGGUUGCGGUAGCCUUCCGCACCGAAAAAGACCGCAGACUAGCUAUCUCCCAACGCCUAUAUAUAGCAGGAGUUAGCUGCAGAGUCGAAAACCUC